AAAAAUAAAAAGCAGAUCAGUAAAUUCAUCGAACCGUUUUAUUCUACUGCUAAUGUCUAGGCGUACACCAGAAGUGGGACGUUUGCGUGCUUGCCCAGCUCCUCUUCGUAGAGCCUUUUAUUAAUUACCAUGAAACCCUCCUCAUGCAGCCUCACUGAAAUUCAGCAACAGAUAGAUGAAGUCAUUCGGUUUCUAUCUAUAACUCUUAAUAUUGCUAAUGCCCACACCGUGGAGUUUUACACUCACGACGUGUGGAAACGGUUCGUGGCCGUAUCACCGGAGGACGUUCUGUCAGCUGUAGGUUCCGGUAACGACCAGCAGAGGGAGCCACAGCACAGGCGGAGUGAGCAGCCCAGCACCACAUUUGGGUUUUGCAAUGAUACAAAGCGACUGGUUGACACCCAGGAACUUGUGCAGGCAGCUAAAGAGCACUCUCUCCCCGGCCUUGGACUCUGCAUGAGCCGGGAGAAUCUACUGCAGGGCCUCAGGGACACCAGGUCCGAGUCUGGUACUCCAGAGGAAACAGUGGCUGCUUUUGAGCCAGAUGAGUUUAUGACUUCUAAGAAAUCCCAUGAAGUCCAGUCCAUGUCUGAGGUGGUGGCCUGCCUGGCUCAGCACUGUGGGGUUAAUCAGGUGAUAGAUGUAGGCUCAGGGAAGGGCUACUUGAGCUCCUUCCUGUCUCUUCAGUAUGCCCUUCGGGUGUAUGGCAUUGACUCCUCUAGCACCAACACCCACGGUGCUCAGGAGAGGAACAGGAAGCUAAAGAAGUUCUCGAAAGCAUACCAGAAACACACCAAAGCAGCAAGGACGCAAGCAGAGGCCACACAUUCGCCUCAGGAGGAGUUAAUAGAAAAAAAAACUGGGCUGAAUGGAGACGAAGAUGUUUUAUCUGGUAAUGGGCCAAGAAUUCGGUCACAAGAGGAGGAGAGGGUGUUAACAAGCUCAUCAGACAUCAACCCCGCAGUGGAAGGACAUUCAGAGCAAAACCCAGAAACAGAUGAGCUCUUCCUGAGUGCUUUAUCCGUGGAUGUAAUACAGCCUGCUUCCCCCAGAGUUCCCCCAAGUCAACUCAGUGCUGAGGAGAGAGAGAGGAGGAAGAGAGAGAACCUGGAGAGGAAAGCUCAGAGCAGGGCCGACAGCACUGGAGCUGUGUUUUCACCUCUCACAUCUUACGUUACUGCAGAAACAGAGCUCCGAGACCUCAUCAAUGAGCUGGAGGAUGCAGUCAUGGUUGGCCUGCACACUUGUGGCGACUUGGCUCCCAGCACGCUGAGGAUGUUUGUGGCUAAACCGGAGCUAGCCGCAGUCUGCAGUGUGGGCUGCUGCUAUCACCUGCUGUCUGAGGAGUUUGACCCUGCCGGACAGGAGUGUUUACAGAGUGUGUGUGGUUUCCCUCUGAGUCAGUACCUCCGUGACCAAUCCUGCUUUUGUGGCAGAAAUGCCAGGAUGUCAGCAUGUUUGGCACUGGAAAGAGUUGCACUUGGCCAAGGGAUUCAGAUGGAAUCUCUGUUCUACCGAGCAGUCCUUCAUGUUAUUCUGAGGGACCACUACAGCUCCUAUAAAAGUGAAAAGCGAGUUGGGAAUGUUUACUCCAAGGCAAAGUCAUUUGUGGACUACGUUCGGCGAGCGCUGCGCAGACUGGAACUGGAUGAAUCAAAGCUCUCUGACAGUGACAUCCAGGAUUACCACAACACAUACAGAGUGCGAAUGGAUGAGAUGCAUGCUUUUAACAUGCUGAAGGUGACCCUUGCUCCCUGUAUUGAAGGUCUGAUUCUCCUCGAUCGCCUCUGCUAUCUGAAAGAACAGGGCCUGGUGGUAGAACAGUGAUGCACAUAUUUCAGUAAGGAGAGAUCAUCUGGAAGAAGAGAAUGAGAUUUAUUACAAAAAAUAUGAAUAUGCAAAUUUAGACUCAAAUGAGAGGCGACAUCAUGGAGCAGAUUCCCAGAUUAAGGUAGGAGAUUGGUUGGACCCACAGGAGUCACAGACACUGCUUGUGGAGCAGAGUAAGCAGAUGGCUGCUGAGCACUUUUGGAUGAGAUGCCCUGGAAAACUUGGAUGAUGUAGAGCUGGGGAGGAGGAGGGUUGCACGACGGACGGCCUGAAAGGGAGACUUUACAGAUCACUUUACAGAGGGAAUUUAAAGGACUGAACAGGGGCCUGAAUAGAGGCUGACUGAUCCAGAGAGUGUGGGCAGAUAGAUUAUUUUUGGAUAAAAGCAGAAACGGCAACAUUUUCAUAGAGGUGAGUUUGACAGCGUGGAAAAUCGAAAUCACACUGGGGCGGUGCAGCCGAUUGUGAAGCGGCUGGGUUUAGAAUUAGCACCUCCAAGUCUGAGGCCAUGGUUCUCAGCCGGAAAAGGGUGAACUGCCCACCCUUUGUUGUGGUGGAUUGUUGUCCCAAGUGCAGGAGUUUUAAGUAUCUCAGGGGUCUUGUGAGGGAAGAGUGUAGCAGGACAUUGACAGAUGAAUUGGUGUGGCACCGGCAGUCAAGUUUCAAGUUUUAUUGCCAUGUGCAGAUAAACAGUGUAGCCACAUUUACCCAUAAUGAAACUCUUUGGCUCGUGCUCCUCAGCUUUACAUGAGCACAUGGAAAGUGUGCAGUUAUAUUAAGAAGAAAAUAACAGAAAAUAGCAGUAAUAAUAAUGAUAAAAGAGAAAAAAGAGGAAAAAAGUAGUAAAUAUUUAGUGAAUUUAAGACAAGUUGGUAUUUACAGUUUGUGCAAAACUUGUGCAUGAGCAUUUAAGUGGCAUUUGUUGAAGUGACAGUGUUUAGAGUCCUGUAAUUGUAGUGAGUGUGUAAUGGUGUGUAUAGAAUGUCAGCAGUUCAAAAGUCUGAUGGCUUGUGGGUAGAAACUGUCUCUGUGUCUGCUAGUGCUGAAUGCUCCUGAAUCGCCUGCCGGAUGGCAGGAGUGUGAAAAGUCUGUGGCUGGGGUCAUGCAGAAGCUGUACCGGUCUGUUGUGGUGAAGACGGAGCUGAACAUAAAAGAGAAGCUGUUGAUUUCCUGGUGACAGUGACAAAAAGGAUGAGAUAAUGGGUACAAGUGGUGGAAAUCAGCUUGUUCGCAAGGGUGGAGGGUCUCUCCCUUAGUAAUGGGGUGAGGUUUUCAGUCAUUUAGAACAACUUUAGAAGCAGAACCAGUUAAGGUGGUACAGGCAUCCGACCAAGAUGUGUCCUGGAGGUCUCCUAUAUGUGGUGUUCUGGGCACGUCCUAUUGGGAAGACCCAAGAAAUCCUGUGUGGACGUGGCCAGGCAGAGGGAGGUCUGGUUGUCUCUUCUUAGACUGCCAUCCUAAAACACAGACUCACAUAAGCAGCAGAAAAUAGUUGGAUCGGUCAAUGGAAAAAACUGAGAGAGAGAAAAAGAGAGAAGCACAAAGAUAUUGGCCCAUAUCACUAGGAAGAAUGGAGACAGAACAUGAAAGAAGACAUCUUUCUGUAUUGAACUCACAUCAAAAACUUCGAUCAGCACAGUGUGUUCUGUGUAUUCUGUGUUUCAGUGUAGCCCUGCUGUCCACAAUUCUUAAUCUGAUCCCAGUCACAUCAAAAUGUGGGUGGAGAUCAACAGUUUUAGAAACAAAGUCAAAGGAUUGCACUUUUCAGCCAACAACAGCAGCAACAAAGCUCUUGCUUGUGAUGGUUUAAUGGAUGACAGUGUUAAUCAGCUGCUCAGUCCCCUGUUUUGCCUAGGGGCUGGUCAGAAUUUGAAUUUGUCCGUCACUGGUUUGUGACUAAACCUAGCACCACCCACCAGGCCUUCCUGUAAAAUCCCCCAGCCACAGGUUUUUAAUCCAGAUAAAAACUCUAAAGAGUGUUCACGGGUAAAAGUUCAUUGUAAAAAUACUAUUUUAGGGGCGGAAUUCCCAAAUGCCUCACAGCAAGAGGGUCCAAGAUCUGAAUCCACUGUCUGGCCGGGGCCUUUCUGUGUGCAGUUUGGAUGUUCUCCCUUUGUUUUCAUGUAUUGGUGUGACUUUGAAUGUG